AGCAUUGAUUUUUUUCUUUCGCUGUGUGUGUUCAUAGUCGGUACGUCUGUCGUAAGAUAAUGACUAACCAGCUUUGUAAACUGUUUGUUGGCGGCCUGAAUGUCCAAACAACCGACGAAGGUUUGCGGCAACAUUUUGAACAGUAUGGGCGCUUAACCGACUGCGUGGUGGUAAUGAACCAGCCGCUGCAGCGAUCUCGUUGCUUCGGCUUUGUAACGUACUCGAGUGCAGAGGAAGCUGACGCCGCCAUGGCCGCCAGGCCACAUGUCGUGGAUGGAAACAACGUGGAUCUGAAGAGAGCGGUGGCGCGGGAAGACGCCGGCAAGCCAGAGGCGUUGGCCAAGGUCAAGAAAAUAUUUAUAGGGGGGUUGAAAGACGACCUCGAGGAAGAACACAUCCACGAGUAUUUCUCCCAGUUCGGUGCCAUCGAGAAGACUCAGGUCAUUACUGACAAAGACACCGGGAAAAAGCGAGGCUUCGGCUUCGUUUAUUUCGAGGACAAUGACUCUGCCGAUAAGGCCGUCGUAAUGAAGUUCCACACGAUCAACGAACACAAAGUCGAGGUUAAGAAGGCGCUCACCAAACAGGAGAUGCAAGCCUCCGGUGGUCGCGGCGGGAGGGGAGGAAUGGGCGGCCGAGGAAUGGGCCGACCUCAAGGCGGUUACGGCGGCGGAAGAGGCGGUUACUAUGGCGACUACGGCUAUCAGAACGGUGGAUACGGCAACAGCGGUAACUACGAAAGCCAAAGCAGCUACGGAGGAAGUUAUGGCGAUCAGAUGGCCGGCGGAUACGGCAACGGUAAUGGGUACAGUGACUUCGGCGAGGAUUACGGGCAACAGGCCUCAGAUUACGGUGCUGUGAAAAGUGGCUAUUAUUCCGGCAGGAGCGCUGGGCCAUACCCACGUGGAGGAGGAGCAGGUGGUGGAUAUGGAAGAGGUGGCUAUGGUGGAUAUUAAAUCGCCAAUGUGACGCUUAAGUUGUAUGGUGUGGGUUUUUUAAGUGCAAAACUAUUGGACAAACAACUGGACUUUCAAAAUGAACUGUUUGGUCGGGGUUCUGGGUUUAUAUUUAGAUUACCGAGAGACUUUAUUUACACCGACCUUGUUGCUGUUCGAUGCCAGCCAAGACGUGAUCGGUUUUGCUUUUGUUUGUUCAAAAUUUAAAUGGGCCUGCUUACCCCGAUCUGGCCAGUGCAGCAUCACGGAGUCUUCGUUAUGGGCUAUAUGUUUAUUGUCUGGCCUUCUUUUGAUAAGACAACUCAGGGGUGAUAAUGAAAUUUAAGCAGCUCAGAUUUCCCCCAUGACCUCUUAACUGUUAAAUUGCUUUAUUUUAAACGUAAUUUAAUGUUUUAACGUUAUUACACGUUCAAUCUGUUUUAGUCUAUUCAUUUGUUAAAUCAAGCCUUUAACCAUUAAAAUGAUUUUUCAUAA